CUGGUUAAACCAGACACAGUGAGGGAGAUUGGUAAGCAAAUAGACUUUCUCUUCUGUUCCGUCGGGACACAUCAUAGACAGUUGAUACCAAACCAAAUGAAGCAUUGAGUCAAAGUUCAGAGCUUGCUUGAAGUCUCUAGAAAAAGGAUACAUUUAUGAUUUACAAAUCCAAGACACUGGUGAAUAUUUGACAGGAGCUGGCACAGAGAAGAUAAAGCAGUCUUGCAACUUUGCAGCCUGAUAUUUCUGGAAUUUGUUCACAAAUCUUUUUGAUCUCAGUCAUGUCAGAGAACCAAGAGCUCAAACGUCACUGUCUACUGGUUCCGGUAAAAGGGGUUCUCCUUAAGGAACACGUCGCCAACAACUACAAAGCUGUCUCGGCUUUCUGUCCUGAUCCUUCAGACUUGCUCAUUGCCACCUAUCCGAAGGCAGGGACCACAUGGGUCCUGGAGAUAGUGGAUCUGCUUCUUCACAACGGGGAUAGUGAGACCUGCAAAAGAGCCCCCAUUCUCGUCCGGAUACCUUUCUUGGAGAAUACCGCUCGACUAGCAAUCCCCGCGGGUCUUGAGCUCCUGAAGGCAAUGGACCCUCCAAGAGUUAUUAAAACACAUUUGCAGUUUCAUCUCAUUCCAAAAGGCUUUUGGGAAAAAAAAUGCAAAGUGAUCUACGUGGCUCGCAAUGCUAAGGACAACCUGGUGAGCUACUUCUAUUUUCAUAAAAUGAAUCUCACCCACCCUGAGCCUGGACCCUGGGAGGGCUUCAUCCAAAAGUUCAUGAAUGGACAGGUGCCAUGGGGCUCCUGGUAUGAUCAUGUCAAAGGCUACUGGGAGGAGCGAGAAAAGAGAAACAUCCUUUACCUCUUCUAUGAAGACAUGAAAGAGAAUCCUCGGCGUGAGGUGGAGCGCAUCAUGAGGUACCUGGACUUGUCGCUCUCUGAUGAUGUCAUCAGCCGCAUUGUGGAGCUGACGUCCUUUGAGAUCAUGAAGGAGAAUCCGACGACCAACUACACUUUCAUGUCCAUGCCCAUUUUAGACCAUUCCCUCUCCACCUUCAUGAGAAAAGGAGAAGUCGGAGAUUGGAAGAAUCAUUUUACGCCAGAGCAGGCAGCAGAGUUUGAUGAGGACUAUGAGAAGAAAAUGAAGCAUGUCAACAUACCAUUCAGGACACAGCUCUAAACCAGCUAGCAGUUACUGUCAAAUAUGAAUUAUUAUACACGUGACCAGCUUAAUUCACUAUGACACAGUAUAAAGUUAACCACACUUCUGUGGUGGCCCUAUAGGAUAUGAAGAAGUAGAUUAUUUCUUAUUAUGCAUAAUUAACAUAUAUUUACAUAAUUUAGUUGACUUACAUUGCUAUGCAUCAUAAUUAACAUAUAUCUAUAUUACUUAGUUGAUUUACAUUGCUAUGCAUUAUGGUUAACGUAUUUACAUUACUUAUUAGCUACUUGGGUACCAUAGUUACAAGAUAUUCACAUCCACACAUCUUUCCUUGGGUUUAACCUUUAGCCAGAGCAGACGUACUAGUCAGCAGUUAUAUGUCACAUGCUGUGUUGUUCUCAUGAGCCGACAGGGUUGAGAGGAAGGGCAACGCUGACCAACAGGAUGUUCCAGGCAACCUCUACCGGUCGAGUGCACACAGAUGGCAGUUUCCCUACAACGGACAAGGCGUUAUCAGCAUCUGGCAGCUUCAGAGGGUCACAUCGCCCCCUCCUUCCACAUUCCACAGAUUGUAUAAAACUCCUGGGCAGUGAAAGAGAGGGUGCUUUUUCGCAGUUGCACUGUGAUAAGACCCGCGUGCUUGAGUAGGCAGCAGUUACAGCUACGGAGCCCAGAUAUCUGUAUUAGUUUGGCUUGUUAGGAAUAAA